GGAAGAGAGAGAGGACCGCCCUUUAGUUGUGUUUAAAUGUGAAGCGGAAAAUCAUCUCUGUGGCUCAGGGGAGUGAAGAGGCGAUGCUAGUGUUAGAUGAGCGGGUUUGCCGUGCUUAAAUCAUAGUGCUCUCUCUCUUUCGCUCUUUGUUUGUCCUACAGUGUCCCUGAUUUCAGCUUCAGGCUUCAAAGUGAGAAGACAGAAGAACUGAGAGUUUCUACAAGACAACGAUACCUGGACGCGGGGAUAUCUGGACACCUCACAAUGGAUGGAUUGAGGACAAAGUGUUGAGUUCUCCUACGGCUGUCCCUGAAUGAUACAGAGGAGUGUUGGGAUGUCGUGGCUGGUGUGGGUGUGGGUCAGUGUGACAGUCCUGCUGAUGUGUGAGGCCACUUUCUAUGAGACCAUCCAGCAGCACCUGGCCCCGCCCGGAACCAACAUACAGAUCCUCGAAGGAGGGACAUGCGAGGUGAUUGCGGCACACAGGUGCUGUAACAAAAACAAGAUUGAAGAGAGAUCGCAGACAGUGAAGUGCUCCUGUUUACCAGGGAAAGUGGCAGGAACCACCAGGAAUAAACCCUCCUGUGUUGACGCCUCCAUAGUGAUUGGGAAGUGGUGGUGUGAGAUGGAGCCGUGUCUGGAGGGAGAGGAAUGCAAGACUCUACCAGAUAACUCCGGCUGGAUGUGCUACUCCGGAAACAAGAUCAAAACCACCAGGAAUACCCACCCAUACACAUCCUUGUAGCAGAUGUAAAGUCACUACAAGCUCAUAACGGAGGAACUUUAUGAAGGGAAACAUCCAAGACGACAAGCUGAAUUAAGUUUUCCCAACUCUAAACCAACAGACAUGUGUUUAAUGACUUGAAACGGAGUCCUCUGCUCAUAAAUCCAUCUGUCUCUGAGUAACACGGACACCAGGCUUUCUGAGAAAAUCUUUGUGGGCGUUGAACACUGCUGGUUCUUUCGUUGUUUUGUUUUUGUUUGACAAUUGUCAAAUAUUUGUUUCCUCUCAGUGAGUCCUGGAUAAUUACCCUCGUAUCCCUUUGUGUGGAGUGCACUCAAACCAGCUAUACCUUGCCUGAAAUAUUCUUCAACUGUAAUAUUCUUGGAUGUUCCUAUGUCUCUGGAAGACCAUGUUAAGUCUCCUACUGUAUGUAGUGAAACUGGCUUCAUGUGGAUUUUCACAAAGGGAUUGAUCCUCAUCGAGCAAGUUUAAUUAGGACACUUUGCAUCGACUGUGAGGAAAUGCAGAGGAGCACAUGUCUGGAAAUGUUUCCUGGAACAUUAUAUCAGAUUCAGAAUGAAUUCCGGUGGUGAUACAAAAACCAAAUAAGUCUUUAGCAUGAUUUCUGUAAAGCUGUAAAAAAGGGGAAAGAAAUGUUUUACAUAAAUAAAAGGAAUUCAAAACAGGAACUGUAUUUGACUUACAAUAAACAAUAAUUGAAUGUGAACAUACUGGGUGGGAAGGUGCAAAGGAACAGUCUUGUUUACAUAUUCUUGUCCACUGUUCUGUUGAUUGGUUAAAUAUGCUGUUUAUAUUAUUUUGGGCUUCAGUAAUAUUUUGACAAAUUGAGUCAUCAAGGCUUAACUGAAGUGUUCUGAGAAUUUACAUGUUUAAUGAAAAACUAAUAGACCAUCACUUUGGCUGCAGCAAUAUGUAAAAGUUGUGGAGUUAUUACUGAAGUUAAUGAAGCCUGAUUGAAAUACGCUGGUGCAUGCAUAUAUAAAAUACCGUGACAUUUAAAUAUUCUGAAUCAAAUUCAUUUCCCCUUGUUCAAAUAUAACUUCAUUAAAUGGCACAAGAGCUAUUUUGUACUGGGGCAUCUGGUCGUUUGAAUGGACCGGAGGAAAGCAAGUGAAGGGUCUUUGAAGGUGUAGGCAGGCUGUCCACACUGAAGGACGCUGUGGAAAUUCUGACACCCGCUGGGACAUUUACCUGUCGUUUACAUUCAGAAAUAGUCCUCUCCGCUCGGAGCAGCUGAGGGCCAGAGCACGCACUCGCUCUGAAUAUGUAGCUCCGGCAUUUUAAGCAGGGAGUCGUGAACAUAAGAGCCUCUGCGUUGCUGUCGGCAUGCAGAAAGGAGGCUCUAACUACAGGCUGAGUGAAUACAGAUCACUACAUUUACAGUCCUCCGCAUGGGACAGCAAAGGGUGAACUUUAGCCCUCACCUUCAACGGAGCUUUGGUGGAAUUUCAAACAGUUGACUAUAAAAUAUCAGAGUGGAAAAAUGAAUACAAGGAAAUCGUAAGCAAAUAUCAGCAUUAUCUCUGACAUGCUGAGCUUUGGCCAGCAGUCAUGGGUUUUGCCAAAUGGAAAAAGUUCUUUUGUGUUUUCAAAUAUAAAGAGGACUUACAGUAUUACAAUAAAUGGAAGAGAUAAGCUGAUCUAAAUCCAGUUUUCAACAUUAUUACGCAAUUGUUUCAAUGCUCAAAUUUGUUGUGCAGAGUUCCGCUUGUCUGUGUUUGCAUGUUCCAAACUUUUAGUCUGGCUGUGAAUAGUGGCGAUUUUACAGUGUUUCUUUCCACAGUUUGCAUCAUCGUGAGAGGAAGGAUGAGUCACUGAAUGAUUCAUUCAACCAACCAAUUCAUUAAA